GUAAAAAUACAUCUCCCAGUUGCGAUUUCCAGUCUGGACUUUGAGCGAUGAAGUUGUAUCUGAGAACUGGCGAGGGACUCAGCGGGGCUGACAGGAAAGCCAAAGAGGAGGUGGGACCCUAAAAAUCGGGUGGAAUCCUGUUUUGAGAGCGAGAACUGCUGAGAAUCGGUUCUUUAUGAAUGAGCUAAUUAUCACCUUCAGCGAAAAAUGAUAAAUGUCUAGCUGAUGGACACUUGGCGUUCAGGCCAAAUAGACGAGGGCCUAUUUCUCAGACUGAUCUUGAGAAAGGAGAGCCCUAGUUGUUCGAACAGUACGCAUGGGAAGGGGUUGGGGGUGGGAGACUUGCGAGGGUCAGAAUCUACCCAAGUGAGGGAUACAUAGUGUUCUCACAAAGUCACUAGACUGUGGUGGGCAGGGAUUUUUAUUUGUACUUAUUUAUUUAUUUUUUUGAGACAGAGUCUCGCACUGUCACCUAGGCUGGAGUAUAGUGGCACAAUGUCCGCUCACUGCAACCUCCGCCUCCCAGUUCAAGCAGUUCUCCUGUCUCAGCCUCCCAAGUAGCUGGAACUAUAGGCGCAUGCCGCCACGUCUGGCUAAUUUUUGUAUUUUUAGUAGAGACGGGGUUUCACCAUAUUCGUCAGGCUGGUCUCGAACUCUUGACCUCAGGUGAUCUGCCCGCCUUGGCCUCCCAAAGUGCUGGGAGUAUAGGCAUGAGCCACCAUGCCCAGCUUUUUUUUUUUCUAAUCAAGCCUAGAUUUCUUGAGUGAACCAUCCUUCAGGAACUUUGAGUUCCCUCUUUUACUCCAACCUGAGUACUAAACUGAUUUCCUAUGACUUUGUAACUGUUACGGAGGUGCAUUUGGGAGUAGACACAAAAUGCAUCAGUUGGGAGAAAGAGCCAGCUCCAGAGGUGUCUCCAGAGAAGGCAAGACUGCCAGCUGUCAUCUCUGUCAGCAGCAGAUUUCACGGAUGAAAGUGCUUUUUCUUAUGUGACCUAUGUAAACUAUUUCGUCCCAUUCUCCUAAGAGGUGAGGGCAGUGCUCCUCAUGAUCCUCAUUGUAAAAAGGCCUCCCUGCAUGAAUGUGACUACCACAGGAGCUGGGCAGAGCAUUUCUCUGUUGAUAGCUGUCUGUUUGCAUUCUGAUUGGGAACACUGGGAUCAUUUUCAUCAUGCCGACAGUGGUGGUAAUGGAUGUAUCCCUUUCCAUGACCCGACCUGUGUCUGUUGAGGGGUCUGAGGAAUACCAGCGUAAGCACCUAGCAGCCCAUGGUUUGACGAUGCUGUUUGAACACAUGGCCACAAAUUACAAGCUUGAAUUUACAGCACUUGUGGUUUUUUCAUCGCUUUGGGAGUUGAUGGUCCCUUUCACGAGAGAUUAUAAUACCCUACAGGAAGCACUAAGUAAUAUGGAUGAUUAUGACAAAACCUGCUUGGAGUCUGCAUUAGUUGGCGUUUGCAAUAUCGUUCAGCAAGAAUGGGGUGGUGCAAUUCCUUGCCAGGUUGUCCUGGUAACAGAUGGCUGUCUUGGCAUUGGUAGAGGGUCAUUACGACAUUCCCUAGCUACUCAAAAUCAACGAAGUGAGAGCAACAGGUUUCCACUACCUUUUCCUUUCCCGUCUAAGUUAUAUAUCAUGUGCAUGGCAAAUUUGGAGGAGCUCCAGAGCACUGAUUCCUUGGAAUGCCUUGAACGUCUCAUAGAUUUAAACAAUGGUGAAGGGCAGAUUUUUACUAUUGAUGGCCCCCUGUGCUUGAAGAAUGUACAGUCUAUGUUUGGAAAACUGAUAGAUCUGGCAUAUACACCUUUUCAUGCUGUUCUCAAGUGUGGCCACCUAACUGCUGAUGUACAAGUCUUCCCCAGGCCAGAACCUUUUGUUGUAGAUGAAGAAAUUGAUCCUAUCCCUAAAGUCAUUAAUACAGAUUUGGAAAUAGUGGGAUUUAUUGAUAUAGCUGAUAUUUCAAGUCCCCCAGUUCUGUCCAGACAUCUGGUCUUACCUAUAGCACUUAACAAAGAAGGUGAUGAGGUGGGUACUGGCAUCACUGAUGACAAUGAAGAUGAAAAUUCAGCGAAUCAGAUUGCAGGCAAAAUACCCAACUUCUGUGUCCUGCUCCAUGGUAGCCUGAAAGUAGAAGGAAUGGUAGCAAUUGUUCAAUUAGGUCCUGAAUGGCAUGGAAUGCUCUACUCCCAAGCUGACAGCAAGAAGAAAUCAAACCUCAUGAUGUCUCUCUUUGAGCCUGGCCCAGAACCUCUCCCAUGGCUAGGGAAAAUGGCACAGUUGGGUCCUAUUUCAGAUGCUAAAGAAAACCCUUAUGGCGAGGAUGACAAUAAGAGCCCAUUCCCCCUGCAGCCCAAAAACAAACGCAGUUAUGCCCAGAAUGUGACUGUCUGGAUCAAACCUAGUGGCCUGCAGACAGAUGUACAGAAGAUUUUGAGAAAUGCAAGGAAACUACCUGAAAAAACACAGACAUUCUAUAAGGAGCUGAACCGUUUACGAAAGGCUGCUCUAGCCUUUGGUUUCCUGGACCUGCUGAAAGGGGUGGCUGACAUGCUGGAAAGGGAAUGCACACUGUUGCCCGAAACAGCCCACCCCGAUGCUGCAUUCCAGCUGACCCACGCUGCCCAGCAGCUCAAGCUGGCCAGUACCGGCACCUGUGAGUAUGCCGCCUAUGACCAGAACAUCACACCUUUGCAUACAGACUUCUCUGGGAGCAGCACUGAAAGAAUGUGAAACUGACUUUUGGAGCUUUCCUUUUUUCAUUUCAACUGAAAAUGAUUUAGAGUAAAAACCUUUCCAGUGUAUUCACCUCUGGAAUAGCCACCCAAAGACCUUCCUGAGGCUGCCUCACAAGCACCACUUGCUGUUUUGAAUGACUCCACUAGCAUGAGAAGGAUGUGAAGGUGGUUGGCUGAUUGGGCAUUAACUUCCUGGGACUCACAAGUUUUAAGCUUGGAAGAUAACUGCUGUUCCCAUGAUGGGCACAUUUCCUGAGAAGCUUGAAUGGCUGAUGAGCAUAGAAUACCCCUGCCUUCCUCAGGAAACCUGACCGGCAAGGGCUCUCUGACUUCCUGAUAGCGUCGCCUGUUCUCUCCAGUUUAUAUCUCAACUGUUAAGGGCAUAUUCAAGCUUCUGUUCAGGUGUUGAGUACAAACACACCACCACUUUCAGAACCUUCCUCAGAACUUGGGCAAAAUGUAGUGGUGAUUCUUAGAUGCUUUUGGUGUCUCUUGAGAUUCUAACUUUUAAAGGGCAACCAUUAAUGUGUAAAAUGAGUCCUGUUUCUUCAAGGGUUUUUUUUUAAUGAAAAUAUUUGAUUUUCUA